CCUGGCCACCGCUGCUGCUGCCCUCCUCCUGGACUUUCCGUCUCGUCGUAGGCUGUGAAGAAAAGAAACCGCCAACAUGUCGCACGAGAAGAAGAUGACAAUGAGCCGCAAGCAUCAUCUAAAGAGUGUGAUGCUGCAGAUUGCGGCGGGCUGGAUUGAACAGGAGAAGAAGGACAUUAUAGAAGCCAAGAAGGCCUACAUGGCCGAAACCUGUCCCUCACCCAGCCUGAGCGGAGACCAAGCCGGCCUCAUGGACACCUGCAGGAAGCUGCACGCCCUCAUCGACAAAGUGGAUGAGGAGAGGUACGACCUGGUGACCAAAAUCGGCAAAGGUGAUAAAGAGAUCGACGACUUGAAGAUCAAAGUGGUUGACCUGGCCGGAGUGAAGAAACCCGCUCUGAAGAAAGUGCGUAUGUCCGCCGACGCCAUGCUGAAGGCUCUGCUGGGCUCCAAACAUACAGUCAACAUGGACCUCAGGGCCAACCUGAAGCAGGUGAAGAAGGAGGUGAAAGAGGAGCCUGGAGAGGCCGUCGGCGACUGGCGUAAGAACAUUGAGGACAAGGCCGACAGGAAGAAGAUGUUCGAGACUUCCUAAAGAAGUUAACUCUGCUCUUUCAGUUACUCGGGGCUGUUUCGCACUUUUUAUGGAAUUUAUGAAGUUUUUCAUUCAGUUGAAAUACCUUUUUGUUUCAUUAAAUCUGUAAGUUUCA